AUGUUGACUUGUCGAUUGGACUGCAAGGCCAUUUUCACUUGUGAAGUUGGUGGCCGGGUGGCCUUACUUAUCCUUGAAGUGACCAGCUGCGUGGAAAUUCGAUGGCGCUCAUCCGAGGGCCGAAGUGCACAGCCCGCUCAACUUGAGUCUGAUGGCACUCACGCACCUCCGCCUGGACUUGUGGACCCUCCGUCCGGUCCACGUAAUCCGGUCAAAGAGAUCCCAAUGCGACUGAUGCUCUGCGAAAAUGCGUGGCUUGGCUGGUUGGAGCAAGAUGCAAGCUGUGAAAAACGGCUUCGAAAGAUUUUGAGAUUCAAAUCUGACGACAGUGACGAUCUGCCCCAUGGAACUUCCAAGGCACAUGCCUAG